GGCUGGACCUGGAGCCGACGCCCGCCUCCAGCUCCGCCUCGCUCGAGUCGCUGGACCGCGUGCCGUCGCGGGACAUGGACGCCGCCGGCCGGCUGCCGGUGUCGCCCAGUGAGCGGGUCCAGUUCAUUCAGGAGGAGAUCAUCGUCAUGGAGACCCGCAGCGGCCCGGCAUCGCCCGUGGCCGUCCCCGGGCCGGCCGACGACCUGGCCGUCGGCGCUCCGCGGCCGGACGAGGCGCCGGCCGGCUCAUCCCGGCUGCCAGACGGCGUGACUAGUUCGCCGCAGCGAGACGGGCAGCCGGCUGGUGCCCCACGGCCGGAGCAGCCUCCGGCUGUUCCGCCACCGCUGGCGGAGCCCCUGGAUGCAGCUUCGCGGUUGGGCGGGUACCUGGCCUCUCGCACGAGGCGGGGAGAAGUCUCGGAUGGUCACGCAGAAUGGGACGAGGCGCUGACCGGCUCUCCACGCCUGGUCAGAGCGCCGACGUCACCCACACGGGUCGGCGAGCCUGUCGGUGCUUCUUCACCGCCGCGGCCAAACAAAACGCUUCAUGGCUCACCGCGGCCGGAUGAGUCCCUGGCGGCCUCUCCGCGGCUGGACGAGUCCCUGGCGGCCUCCCCGCGGCCGGACUGAGUCCCUGGCGGCCUCCUCGCGGCUGGACGAGGCCCCGGACAGUCUCCCCUCGGCUGGACGAGUCCCUGGUGGCCUCCCCGCGGCUGGACGAGGCCCUGGCGGCCUCCCCGCGGCUGGACGAGGCCCUGGUCUGUACGCCUGACAUGCGGGGGUCUCGCGGCGAGCGGCCCGGCUCGCCCGAUCUGCCUGAGAAGCUGGAGGACUGCCCCUUACGACGAUACGGUGCUCAGUGCCCAGACCGAUCACAUCCAGUUCGGCUCGUCGCCAGUGAUGCUGGAGGCCGCCUGGGACGGCAGCUUCGACGACGAGCCCGAGUCGAUGACACCCGAGGAGGCCGACCAGCUGCUCAGCUUACGAUCAAAGCUGUUAUUAGAGGAAGAGGGCCGCAGCUCGCAGCCGGCCGAGACUGGUUACCAGUCCGGUCCGACGACGCAGAACGGGCUGGAAGACGCCGGCGCCGAGCACCAGCCGCCGGAGAAGACGCCGGCGCAGGGCCAAUCAGCAGUCGAAGCCGCUCCUUCGACCGACCAAUCGGAGGCGGAGGCUUUGGCUGCCGUUCAAUCGCAGGCAACGGUGCCGCCGUCCGACCAAUCAGCGGCGAGCGCCGAUGUGACCCCGCAAGUCCGGCACGAGCUUCUAGUCACCGAUGAGCUGACUCUAGAUGUGAUAUAUGACGACAACGCACCCCGUGUCACCUAUUUCGAAGAGGUGGCGGUGGAGGACGGCGUGCACUUCCUGGAGGACGGCCACCACUGGGAGGAUGGGCCGCCGCUGCCCGACGACGACGACGACGAGGAUGACGUCGGCGACGCCUGGAAGCGGCCGUCCCGCCUCCGCUUCAGCGGCGCACCCGUCAAGAUCUACAGCACGUACACGCCGGACGAGUACGACCGCAAGAACGAAGACGUCGACCCGGUGGCCGCCUCGGCGGAGUACGAGCUGGAGAGACGCGUGGAGAAGAUGAACGUCUCAGAGGUGGAGUUCGACAAGGGCGCCGAGGGUCUGGGUCUCAGCAUCAUCGGCAUGGGCGUGGGCGCCGACGCCGGCCUGGAGAAGCUGGGCAUCUUCGUCAAGACCAUCACGGAGGGCGGCGCCGCGCACCGAGACGGCAGGAUCGAGGUUAACGACCAGAUCAUCGAGGUGGACGGCAAGUCGCUGGUGGGCGUGACGCAGGCGUACGCCGCCUUGGUACUGCGCAAUGCUUGCGGACACGUGCGCUUCUUGAUCGGCCGCGAGGUGGACCCCGAGAACAGCGAGGUGGCGCAGCUGAUCCGGCAGUCGCUGCAAGCGGACCGCGAGCGUGAGGAGCGCCAGCGCGCCCUGCAGCGCGACUACGAGCAGCAGAAGCAGAUGCUCGAGCAGCUGAAGGCCGGCCAGGUGCCGCCUGCCCGCGACCCGCCCACCUACCAGGAGGCGACCUCACGGGACACGGCGCCGAGCGCGGCCAGCUCGGGCGGCUCGGAGGCCAGCGAGGCGACGGCGCCGGCGGACCCUGACCUCGAGCACCGCCUCAAGGAGGCGCUCGACGAGCACCUGCGGUUUCAGGCGCAGAUAGCCAGGCUGAACGUGCGGAUCAGCGAGCUGGAGUCGUCGCUGGCCGGGUCCGAGGACGACCGGAUGCAGCUGGCGGACGCGCUCAGCCAGCUGCAGCGCUACGAGCGCACGCUGGAGUCGACACGCGCCGAGUCGAGCGGCUUCCAGACGCAGCUGGCCGCCCAGCGCCGCCAGCUGGAGCAGCUGGACCGCAAGUACCAGAAGGCCAAGAGGCUGAUCCGCGAGUUCCAGCGGCGCGAGGCGGGCCUGCUCUCGCUCGAGGAGUACCACGCCGGCCGCGAGCGCGAGUACGACCGCGCCGUGCGCGCGCUCCAGGAGCGGCUGCAGCUGCUGGAGCGGCAGGUGAAGGAGGAGCUGGACCGGGCCGUGCCACCACACGAGCUGCUCGACAACUCCGCGCACCGCUCGCGUGCCGAGCUGGCCAGCCGCGGUGGCCUCUCGCAGCGGCAACCGCCCAACCUGCGCCGCGGCACCGGCGCCGGCAGCCUGGACCUCAGCUGCGACGAGACCGGCGACUCGGAGUCUGCCGCGGACGGCCCGGCGGCCGGAGACGUCAGUCUCCCCACGGCCGCCACAUCUUUGUCGUCCUCGCAGCCAAGAGCGUCCCGGCAACAGACUUACGAAUCUGCAGCAGCGCCACCACGUGCAGGAUUGGCGAACUACGAUAUGCCAGAGCCGCUACCAGGUAGCAGGCCAGAGAUUCCUUACCGGGAGCCGCCACCCCCGCAACGCAGUCCAAGAACGCAGAAUCCGGCGCAGGCUGUCCCGAGGUCAUCCAGCCACCGUCAGGUCACUACGAAAUUAACGGGUCAGGUGCAGACGAGCCCAAGGUCCUCCGGUCAAUACGCACGCCAUUCUCCGCUCACGGAGCAGCUGCGAAGCCUUCUGGUGGACGCCGACGAAGACCGUGAGACGGACGCCUGGCCGACCGGUGACCAGGAGGCGGACCCGCCGAGCGCGGACGGCUCUCAGGACGAGCAGCUACACGCCGGCUGCUGUCCGCACGGCUGGCACGAGACCUCCAGCCGCGCCGCCGGCCGGGCCCCGUCCGCAGCGGGUGCAGCGGCGGCCCGGCACCCCCAUCUGGCGUCGGUCGAGGGGAGACCCACCGGACCGUGCGACCCGUCCACCCAGGUCACCACCGGCCAGAGGCGCCAGGAGGGUGGACGCGCCGCGCGCCGCCUUGCUGGUGACCCCGGCUUGCGGGCGAUGCCGUCUGACCCCUUUGCACGGGGACCGGCACACUGGGACUUCCCGGCCCAGACUGGCGCGCAGUCUGACUUCCCCGCCGCAGGGGGUGCGCAGUCAGACUUCCCCAGUCCGUGCUCGGAGGGCCGGCGUCCUUCACCGACCUCGCAGGCCGUCGCGCCGUACUGCUGGUCCCAGGAUCAGGUGGGCCAGUGGCUGCAGUCGCUGGGGCUGGAGCACCUCGUGCCCGCCUUCUUGGAGCAGAACGUGACGGGCGCCCUGCUGACCACGCUCGACUCGAGGCAGCUUCGACACCUGGGCGUCGACGGCGACGACAAGAUCAAGGUGAAACGGAAAAUAAAGGAGCUGAAGCUUCAGCUGGAGCGAGACAGAAAGCAAAUGGAGCGGGAGAAGAAGGAGCGGGAAAGGCUGCUGAGGAAGGCCGAGAAGCUUGCCGAGAGGGCAGUGAGAAGGAAAUAAUGACUUCACCGCCCGAGGACAUGAUGACGGACAUGACAUAUGAUGGUGUGAUGGCUUGUAAGGGAACACUGUGACGUCAUCAUCUGUGGAGACAUUUCGAGGGCAGAUUUCCCUGUGACUAGAUACUGUACGCGUGUAAUGAGGUACGGAGGACUCAUCACGAGUAGCUGGCUAGGGUAUACCACCUGACGAGAGGUCGGCCGGGACCGUGGCAGUGCUGGGUCGCGUGACCCGGCAAAGGUCGGCCAGUUGCCCCUGUGCUCCGUAGCGAUCCCUGUCGGCCAUUCGUGUCGGAUCAGGCAGCUUUCAGUUGUGACCCGACCGCGUGGGAGCCACCUGCACAUGCCGUGGUCUACAGCGUCGUGGCCCGGUCGGAGUCAGUCCGCUGUCGACUGCUCAGGUCGCGGCCCGGCCAGAGUCGGUCGGCCCUCCUCGGCUGCUCAGGUCGCGGUCCGGCCGGAGUCGGUCCGCUAUCGACUGCUCAGGUCGCGGCCCGGCCGGAGUCGGUCGGCUAUCGACUGCUCAGGUCGCGGUCCGGCCGGAGUCGGUCGGCUCCCUCGGCUGAUCAGGUCGCGGCCCGGCCGGAGUCGGUCGGCUCCCUCGGCUGAUCAGGUCGCGGCCCGGCCGGAGUCGGUCGGCUCCCUCGGCUGAUCAGGUCGCGGCCCGGCCGGAAGUCGGUCGGCUCCCUCGGCUGCCCAGGACCAUCGCCCCAGACUGGGCACUGUUCUUCCAGCGACGCUCGCUAUCCAUGGUCUCGAGAAAGGCCAUGAUAAGCAGUCUAGCGCUCCAUACCACUACCCACCACAACCCUCCAACCCGCUGGUGUCGCAAUUGUCCGCAACGAACUGCAUGUAAGCCUGGGGUGUCGCGUCUUUUCCUCAAAUCCUCAUGUAAGCGUUUUGUUUGCCACACGUUUUGUAUCGUUCCGUUACUUUUGUACCACUACGCUUAGUAGUUAGUGCGCCCUUGGUACGACCAGCGUUGCUUUUGCAGACAUAUGGUGAGACAUGACUGUACAUGAUGGCUCGUUAUCCCAACAUGUGUUAAAUAUUGAACUUAAUAAAGACCAGGUGAGGCUAUGACUCGCUCUCCCAGGAUCGGUAUUGUGACACGGGUUCUAAAAACGGGAUGGAUGGAAUUAAGCGCGGUUCCAAUCAUGUUGUUACAGUCGGUUCAAAAACAAGCACAAUAUGAUGUAGGUGUGAGAAAGCAAACGUGGAAGAGGCGAAAGCAUGUGCCUAGCCGGCCUUGGAAAACGCACGUGACAUGCAAGCUUCAAAGAUAUUCAAAAACACACUCCACCCUGCAUUGCGCUGUCGCAGACAAAGCCAUGGCGGAAAGGCCCUACCGCAAACGGGGAAGCAAUCAGUGUCCUAGCAUCACUCCGACGACCACCACAAGCCCCGAAAUCUAGAACAAGUUACUAGGCAUUCUUCAGUGAAGGCAGACGUUUGGGAAUCGAUUAUUUCUUUCCAACAGGCUUCAAAUUAACCGGGCGUGGCAGGCCCCGAAACAGCCGAAGGGGGAGGGGAGGGGGCACGGAUGUCCUGACACCAGCCCAGCCCGCAGGUCAUCUGGAGACGCCCUCUGACCCGAAG